UCGCUCGUUCAAUCUCGGUUUCACCUCACAACUCGCGCCUCAUCGCAGCACAUCACAACCCAAACCACCAUCAUGGGCUUCAUUCGCCAAGUCCUAAAUAAAAAACUCAUCAACCGCCGACAGCAACAACCACAACAACAACAUGGCAACCCCGACGAACCACCACCGACCACACUAAUCCCCUUCCCCCCCAACCACGCCCUCGCCGACCUCCCCACCCUCCCCUACCCCCGCCGCCCGCUCACCCCAACCCCAGCCCACCCGCAACAGCCGACCUCCCCCUUCUUCCGCCUGCCCCCCGAGAUCCGCCACCAGAUCUACCAGCUCGUGCUCGCCGGCCGCGAGAUGCACCUCGACAUGCGGUACACGGCGGCCGAGACGUCCACCCCGCACUCCACCGCGGGCGCCUCCCUGCACUCGGCCCGCCGCUGGCACUGGCGCGCCUCCACCUGCCACCGCCACCCGGCCGCCCAGCCCCUCGCCGACCGCUGCGGCUGGGGCGGGCCGCCGCCGACGGCCUGCCACCUCUUCCCGGACACGUCGUGCGGUGUUGGGGCCGAGGUGUUGGGGUUGUUGUGUGCGUGCAGGUUGGCGUAUCGCGAGGUUGUGGAUGUGCUGUAUGCCGGGAAUAGGUUCCAUGUCGGGACCGGGUCGGUCGUGCUGUAUACUCCGCGCUUGCUGCCGGCGGAGAGGACGGGCGCGGUGAGGAGGCUGGUGUACCGCGUGACGGAGGAGAGCGUGUGGGAUUAUGCGGAGGACCAUUUGGGCAUCGAGCCCGGGCUGCCGGCGUAUCGGGUGCUGUUGGGGAGGCUGCCGCGCGCGUUUCCGGCGCUGGUGGGGUUGAUGGUGCUCGUGGAGGGCGCGCUGGAGCGUGGGCAUGUGCAUUGGGGGAGGGGGGAACGGGCGCCGCUGGAUCCGGGGGCGGUGAGGGAGUGUCUGUUGGAGGCGAUGGAUGGGGUUGUGAGGGACUUUGGGGCGCAGCUGGGGGAGUGUGUGCUUGCGAUGGGGCAUGCCGCGUUUGAUCGUGUGAUGGGGGAGGAGAGCGCGAGGGCUGAGAAGGUCGAGGUGAACCAGGGCAUGUGGUUGCAGUUUUGGAGGCCAGUGGGACCAUCUCGAAGGCGUGGGCGGCUGGACGCCGGGUAUUGGGUAAGGCGGGUGACUCCUAAGGAGAUGACUGGUUCCGAACUUGAGUUCAACAGUCUGGUUGUGUGAACGCGCUCUGGACCUUCUCGUAGUGGAUACGCAAGAGCCUACAAAGGAUUGCCUCGAGGGUGGGAAGUGCAAGGAUUCGGCUAUCAGACAAAUUGGUAGGUACAAGCCAACGUAAAGAUAUGCCCUCUCCUAACUAAGAGUCUGACCACGGACAGG